AUGGCUGACUCCGAGUUGGAGAGUGCACUGGCGAAGGAAGGCUUGGCAGCAGAGGUCAUCAAAGUGGCCACGGGGCUGGACAGCCUCGGCUUUCAAACACGUCAGAUUUUGUCUCGGUUGCAGAUAGCCCAAAUCAAAGCAGCGUGGGCGGGCAUGCAAGCAUCCAGUUCCUCUAGUGCUCUACCGGCCCCAGUCAACGCAGAUCCUACUUUGGAGACAUGGGUAGAGAGUUUUGCUCCCAAAAUUGCAUCCACGAAGCUGUCCGACAUGAAGCGCCAAUUCCUUGCAAAUUACCCAAGUGAGGUCUUGAAUCCAUCUACUCUACCCUCUUUGAGGCUGAUUUCCCUCGCAGCCCAUCAAGAGGCACGUUCGGAGUAUAAAUGGAUAGCUUGGAAACAUCGCAUGACGGAAGAGAAAGCUUCGGAGUUGUUGAUUGCCCGACCCCACAAACAGCCCAAGCUCGAAAUGCUGGGUCUUUCCAGCUUGCUCCUUGAUGAUCCGCCUACAAUCGAAGUGACCGAUGCCAAUAUGGGGAUCAGUGGUAUCCAGCGGAUCUUGGCAGUGCAUGACGUUGCGUUAGCCAUGGUUGGCUCAGCUCACCUUGCCCGCCUCAAAGCCUAUAGCUGCAAGUUUGUCCAGCUUGUGUCCCAGCGUUUCGACCCAGCAUCAGGACUGCGUGCACCGACAAUCCUAGAAGCGCAACAGGCAGAUUGUCGGAUUUGGCAGAGCAUCCAUUCUUUAGUCAGUGAGAAAGCUUGGAGCUUGAAUGACGCGUUGCAUGAGUUCACUGAAAUCAGAGGUGAGCUUAGCACCUUGCUGCAGGCUCGUCCGAAAGCCUUGUUCAUCCCCCGCGGCCCUGAUCUCAAAGGCAAGGGCAAGCAGGUUGGUCAAUGGAAAGGCCUAGGCAAGGGCCGGGGCAAGGAAAAGGGCGGUAAGCCCAAGGGCGCUCCAGGGAGACACAUCACCUUCGUGAAAGAGAUCCAAGUGGGAUCUGAGAAGAAAGGGCUGUGUGUCCAGUGGCAGAUUGGCCGCUGCACAAGGGGAGGCUCCUGCCCCUUUGUUCAUGCAUGUGCAUACCCCAAGCAGGAUGGAUCAGCGUGCGGGAGCAAGUCGCACACAGCCUCUCAGCAUGAGCAGACGCCUCACUGUGCAAAUCGUGUUGCUGGGUAUGAUAUCCAGCCGGCAGCUCGGCCAGCCGAGCCUGUAAAUGUGAUUCCGAAAUCGGUCUCCUUGUUGGAGACAAACGCUGGGCCUGUGUCGUCGCCAGCACUGCAAUGUCCUCAGGGCAACAUCCCGCAUUGCUUUCAGCCUCUUGGCCUCCACGCGUGCUUCCUGCCAGGUGAGACUUGGAAUGCCUUGUGUGUCAGCAGGAACAUCUUGACGUCCCCGCACAAGGACACAGCAAAUUUGCCGGGGUCAUCAAACUUGACAGUGGGUAUAGGUUCGUACUCGGAUGGAGGUGUUGUGGGGUAUUGUGCGGCAUCCCCUUGCUGCUCGGAAUACUCCCGCCUGAAACUCUUUGGAGGUGCUAUGUCCUGGGAUGAAUCGUGCGUUCAAGGCUGGUUGCACUGUGGGUCCACAGCCCUCAUUGUCCUCCCGGCCUGUGCAUUUGGGGAGAACUGGGCAAAAACUUGGUUGUUUGCAUCGAGCUUUCAAGCCCUGUCCGUGAUGGGCCAGACGUGUCAACACGGACGCAAUGCACAUGAGUCCGUGCAGGGACGUGAGAGUGAUGGCUCGUUCAAAAGUCGUAAGACGGCUAAGUACCCUCAAUGCCUGGCUGAAGAAUUCGCGUUGCACAUCAGGUCGCCACUCUUGUGGGGAUUGGAGUACCCCAUUGUGCCAGGUGUGGCGACAGAUGCAAAUACAUGGAAGGAUGUAUCACUUUCCAUCCACAUGCAGAAUUGGCGCUCGGCCUCAGUUGAUUUGUCCGUGACUCAAGCCUUGCUUCAGGAGGAACUUGAUCAGGGCUUCUGUUUCAAGUUUGAUGGCGACAUUGAGGAGUCCGAGCAGGGUCUCCUAGGUUUCGCUUUUGCAGAUUCUUUGUACUUCUAUCGCGUGGCCCCAUUCGGGGCGGUCUUUGCGCAGCAUUG